AUGGACUACUGGAACACGGCUGAAGCAGAAAUAAAAGGGCCUUACGUAUUCAUACACUCGAGUGGCGUCGACUGCAUGCUCCGGAAAGGCGCCCCGGUGUUGCUCCAUCGAAGUCAAGCUCCUUUCCGGAAGCCCGGUGACGCCAGGGAAUGGGUAACAAUCACUCCCCUCACCAUCCAGGAGUAUUACGACGCAAGAGGCGAGCGGCAUGAGCGGCGUGUCCCUAUGUUCGAGGGCAGCCAUCCCAGAAUCGUAAUUCCUGCGAUCCACAUUCGUAUAAAGGUCCGCAUCAUCAGAGACUUCGUUCCCGGUGUCCCUGAGUACGAUCGUAUUACCGCUGUUGGAGCCGACACACCUCCCAGGACGAGCAUCUUCCGAAAAGGGGAUGUUGCCAAAUGGGACGAUUUCACAAUGCGUCCACCAGUUGUUAUCAGACUCCGCUGUACCAAGCCGCCAACCGAACAACGCCCUCGAGCUGAGCAGGACAUGGUCAACGAACACGGGCUCGUAAGCGACAAUCCUACCCCGAACGCUCCCAAGGUCCUCUCCAAUAGGAACGUCGCAUCCAACAGAGAUCUAGCGUUCGUCAUGCGCUUCCAUAAGUAA